ACAAAGGUAUUCCUCUCCAUCGACCGUCCUAGUUUGCGACCGAGAAGACGUCAUCAGCCAACGAGCCGACUACUGCACGCUGCACCGGCGCACUGCUACGACCCACUCACCGGCUACCGCUGCUCCCUCACUCCCUGCACCUGCUUCCGCCCGCCCGCAGACUCUUGACUUUGACAGACGCCUGGUAGAAAAAAAAGAAUUUCACAAGCCACAACUUAAUCGCAAUUGGCAAUAGGAGCUGUGGUUAUUAAUUUAUUGAGUAGCUUUUCUUUCUACAGUUAAUUGUUAGGAAUUUGUGUUUUUUUUAUCCUAUUCUAUAUGUAAAUAUUCUGCUACUUUAAUUUUUCUCCUGGUGAAGAUAUAUUUUGAGCUUAAGCAUGACUAUACAUAUUUUUAAACUACAGUAGAAGUUCUAUUGCUAUGCUCAAACGGAAUUCAAACUUACUUUUUUUUUGCCCCUCCUCAAUUGAAAUGCUAGAUUUGCCUCUGCUGUCACCCCCUACCCGUCACCCUAAUCACUGGACUAAGACAAAAUCCACCAGUCUUCUCCUACAACAUCAGCCGUGUGUGGCCCACCUACCUCUUCUGACUAUUAACUGUUGAGUAGCAGCCACUGGUCUCUCUUUUUGUGACACAAUUGUCAUGUCAAGUUCAUAGUUCUGUUUUAAAAUUGAAGAUACUUAGCAUAUCAGAUCCAUUUUGUUCUAAGCUGCUUGGAGAGACCACAUGGAAGAUUGACAAGUUAUAAAAAAUUAACAAAAGAGAACUUCAGAGUAAUCCAUUUGAGGUUGGAAGCUACAAAUGAGUGCAGAUGUUGGGAAAUAACAACAAUUACUCUAUUGUUCAAGGUUUUGCUUUAUGGGUCGGUUUCCAUUGUCAAGAAAAUCAUGUGGCCUUUCCACGUUCACGGGUUUCGUAAAAUCAGGAUUUUUUGGAAGGAGUACAUUCACAGCAGAAAGUGGGUAUUGUCGAAAUUUUGGGGGUGUCUCAUCUGCUUUGUUGUUCGAAGAUUCCGACUCAUGUUCAAGUGGUGAUGACAGAUGUGGAUUUGAACCAUUUGUUCCAACUAUUCCGAGGAAGAGAUUGUAUAUGUGCUACUCACCAGAACUUUGCUCAGUUGUUGUGAGAGUGUACAAAUCAUUGGGGUGGGAGGUAGCUAGAGAAAUUAGAUUCAGUAUAUCAAUUGAAAUGCAUGGCCUUUUGCAAUCAAUCAAUGCCUUCAUGAUGUGUGUGCAUAUUUUUGCACAAGUUGGAAUGCAGAUGGAAAUGUAUGCUUUGCUCAAAGAUAUUGUUUUCAAUUUCCCGAAGACUGAGUAUGAUUUAGUUAAGAUAUUUCCACUUUUGCUUAUUUCACCCGAUGAUUCAAAAAUGUCAGCUUUGGUUGUUGAUGUUCUUAUCAAGAUUUUUGCUGCAAAUAAGUUGUUUGAAGAUGGGAUAGAUGCAUAUUUCCAGGCUAAGAAAUUUGGUUAUAGAUUAAGUAAUUGUUCAUGCAAUUUCUUACUGAAAUGUUUGGCAGAAGCAAGGAGGAAAGAACUUCUUCAAACACUAUUUGAAGAGAUGAGGCAAUUUGGACCAUCACCCAAUGUUUAUACAUAUACAAUUAUGGUGAACUUCUAUUGUUGUAAGAAUCACACUCAACAUAAGAUGGAUUUAGAAAAAGCCACAGAUUUUAUGAUGGAAAUGGUUACUAGAGGGAUUAAUCCAUCUGUUGUAACACACAGUGUUUAUAUCCAUGGACUUUGUAGAGCUGGAUGUGUUCACUUUGCUUUGGAUUAUCUUCGAGACAUGAGGCAUAGCAACGAAUUCAUAAACUCUUAUUGCUAUAAUGCCGUUAUGCAUGGAUUUUGUGCAAAUGGUGAAACCAUUGAAGCCGUGAAUCUUUUUGAAGAAAUGAAGGCUAGUGGAGUUCUACCAGAUUUAUACAGCUAUAGUAUAUUGAUUGAUGGGUUUUCUAUAUGUGGGAAUGCUGAGAAAAGUCUUUCCUUACUAAUGGAGAUGGAAGCUAUCAACAUAAAACCAUCCUUGGUUACCUAUAGCUCACUGUUGAAUGGUCUUUGCAGAAGUGUACCCAUGGAAUUCUCACUUGACCUGUUUUAUAAGAUAGAGGAGUAUGGCUAUAAGCAUGACCAGGUUACUUACAACAUCUUAAUAAACGGGUUUUGCUUGCAGGGUGAUUUGUUCUAUGCUCACAAGUUCUUGGAGAAGAUGAUCAGUAAUAAUAUGAUUCCUAGUGCUUUAAAUUAUAACAACUUGAUCCAUUCAUUUUGCAAGAUGGGUUCCGCCCGUGAAGCCUUGGAGCUUCUCAGAGCAAUGAUAAAAAAAGGCCGUUACCCUGAUAUAUUUACCUUCAACUACAUUAUUAGUAGCUUGUGUAGUGAUGGAAAUACAGAGAAGGCACUAGAAGUAAUUCCGAUGAUGCUUAAGAUGAAUGUAUUGCCCGGUGUUGUAAACUAUAGCACUCUUAUUAACGGUUUUGCGAAACAGUUUAAUAUCAAGAAGGCCUUGCUGUUGUACACAAGAAUGUUAAAACUUGGGGUUACUCCAGAUACAACUCUCUAUACCAUUCUCAUUAAUAUAUUUUGCAAAAUGGGAAAGUUAACUGAAGCCUACAAACUGUUUAGGGAAAUACCCUUUCAAGGGUUGAAUCCUGAUAACGUCUCAUAUACAUCUGUCAUAGCUGGAUUUUGUAGAGUUGGAGAUAUGAACAGAGCACUGAAAUUGUUUAAUGAAAUGACACUUGCGGAAGUCUUGCCUUCUGUUGUUACUUAUACAUGCCUUAUAGAUGGGUAUUGCAGUGUUGGUCGUAUUGAUAUGGCCAAUAUGGUACUAGAAGAGAUGAGAAGGAAGAAUGUACCUCCUGAUGUCGUGACAUACACUAUCUUGAUCCGUGCAUACAAGAGGCUUGGACAAUUGAAUAUGGCUUUCGAGCUUUGUGACCAAUUGGAGAAGGAAGACAUAAAUUUGCAUGAUGUUGCAUUCCAAGCCUUAUGGCAUGAUAAGUAAGAUCUAACAAGGAAAGGAUAAAACGGUUUUUGUACUUGAGUUUGAAGAACGCUAAUCUGUUCCCUAUACACGUGGUUUGUGUAGUGGUGCCUAAAGCCGGUGAACAAUUGAAAAAGAUAUCAGAUCUGGGGGUCUGGAUUUUGGAACUUUUCUGGUCCUUCUGGUCUUACAUUUGGAUUUACAUUAUUCUAAUGGUAUGGACUCCAAAUGUUGUCAUCUUGUGGGAGUCUUUGCUGACGGUUGUCCAGUUCAGCCUAGCUUGAAUAGAAGUGCAAAGAUGUUUAAAAAAUCAGAUGGAUUGGGAAAUGGUGAGAUGAACACGUUGAAAAUCCACUGAGCCAUAAGGUUGAUGUUGAUGUUGGUCUAACAUACAGGAAAAGAUGUCCACAACACUUAAGAGGUAGGCCAGAGGAGUGGGUUCCUCCUAUAGAGGGUGCUAUUCAUGGUCUCAUGGACUUACAGAUCAAGAGAAGUGCUCAGAGUCAGUCAAAGAUGGAGAUGAAGACAAGUGGGGAAAUUGUUGAUAUUUUCUCCAUCCAUUCAGGGCACAAGACAGAUGCUGCUGAAUCAUUUGCAGAGUUGCCUGGGCAGAUAUUGCCAAGUUGUCAAUGAAUUUGAUAUCUUCACAAUCUGAAAGCAACAUUUUGCCAAUGCAUUUGUGGUAGAGCUUGCAAAAUCAAGGAAAGUGGAUAACAUGUGCCUUUGGACUGCACUCAUUUCAUUGAAAAUUCUCCUACUACCAUGGCGGCUUCUCCUUGUGUGUGUACCUCCCUGUCAGGUUACCCAUGGGUGGCCUGCCUUCUUAUGUUCUUCGAUCUUCAUUAGUGGGAUAGCUUAUGUUACACAACUCAAAAACCUGAUAAGCUGUGUUACAGUUAUUAUUUUUUUUUUUUUUAUUUGAAAAGUUUGCACUACUGUAUUGAGAGAACUAUAUGAAGCAUUAGGUGUUCUGAUGACUGCAGGAAUAAGUCCUUAUGUCAUUGCAUUCACAGCAUUGGCGACAGGAACUUCAUGACCCAAUCUUCUCUCUAGUAAGAUUGCUGCAAAACAUCAGCUAACUGCUGAUUCAGCCAUUGCUAACAUCGCGUGCAGGUCACCUACACAUUUUGAAUCAACUCUUUCUUUGGGUAAAAUGCAUAUUUUGGCCCUGUAAUUGUAGGAGGUUGGUGACAUUAGUUAUGGGAAAUUAAAAAGCCACCAAAAUGUGCUGGUUUCAAAGCAUAUUGGUGCUAGACGAUUUAAGAAGUUAACAUGCUAAAAAUGUUCCAAAGUGCAUAUGUUGCACUACUGUAUUGAGAGAACUAUAUGAAGCAUUAGGUGUUCUGAUGACUGCAGGAAUAAGUCCUUAUGUCAUUGCAUUCACAGCAUUGGCGACAGGAACUUCAUGACCCAAUCUUCUCUCUAGUAAGAUUGCUGCAAAACAUCAGCUAACUGCUGAUUCAGCCAUUGCUAACAUCGCGUGCAGGUCACCUACACAUUUUAAAUCAACUCUUUCUUUGGGUAAAAUGCAUAUUUUGGCCCUGUAAUUGUAGGAGGUUGGUGACAUUAGUUAUGGGAAAUUAAAAAGCCACCAAAAUGUGCUGGUUUCAAAGCAUAUUGGUGCUAGACGAUUUAAGAAGUUAACAUGCUAAAAAUGUUCCAAAGUGCAUAUGUUGAAAUAUGCUAAUUCCCUGUUUGCUUUGUUCAUAAAAAUAAGGGGGUUUGACAUGAGCGUAUUAUUAAAGAAAAAGCUAAAGACUAGAAGCGAGUCAAGUGACUACUUUUUAGGUGUUACUAGGAGUAGCUAGUUAGGUCACUUUUAUGUGUUACUAAAGGAAAAGUUAAUGACCAGAAGUGGAUACUUUUUAAAAACUCACCAGAAGUAACUAGUUGAGUUACUUCUAAUACUAAAGUGAUGAAACUCAAUCCCAGUGAGGCAGUGGCGCUAACCCAUCUAUCACUGCAACUGCCCAAAAUGGCACAGCAGUUUGCAGGGACUAUUUUGGGCAAUUAUUUCCGGCCACUCUUCUCACAUGAUGGCUGUUCUUCUGGUAGAUAUAGUUGUAUAGGUCAUACACUUUUGUCCAUUCAGACUCCAAGAGUAAUAUUUUGGUCAUUGUUUUGAAUGAACUUGGCAUUUUAAAAUUUUAUAAAAUUGUCACUCUGCAAAAUUUGUCUUAUCCUGCUUUUGAACUGUGUAUUCUGUUAAAAUUUGCAAUUAUGUGUAAGAUGGUAACUCAGUACCACAUUGCCAAACAAAUUCAACUGGAUUAGUUUUGCUGAUCUCCUCUGUGGAUCAAAGAUGUAUUUCACCCUAUCUUGUUGGCAGGAGGGAGUUAUGUAUUUGGUUUUGCAGCAAUUAGGUGAACAUCUAUAUAGGCAUUGGUGUUCCAUGGCUGAUUGACAUGCUCUACAACUUUUUGUGUUCAAGGAGCCAGUGCGUAUAGACUGCCGGGGGGACUAAACUUCUCUUGCACAUCUUUUUUGCUACUUCAGUUAGAUGCAUUGGCAUUUGGUGUUGAGGCGUCUCACUUUGGGUUCUUGGAGGUCCCAACUCCCAAAUUCUAGGUCUGGGUGACGUGCAUGUAUUUUAUGUUGCUUUCGCUUAUGUGUGCUACUUCUCAUGAAAAAAAAUCAGGCAAAAGUUAAUUACAUUCAACAUCCGUGCAAUCCAUGGGAACUAGUUCUUAUGGUUUUGUUUCCCAAAAAGAAAAAACAUACUUCAUAUUUUAUUAAGCACAAGAAAAUAGUUUUGAACACUAUCAGACUUGUUAACAUUUGCGCCCGUUGUAAGACUUGUAACUAUUUACAAUUUGGAUUCAUGCUCAACUACUGCACC